AUGCCUCUCCAACACCUCCCAGACCACUUUUCUGCUCAGUGCUUUCGUGUGACCGUCCUUGUAACCUUGCUGUCUACAUCUUCUCACGCCUGUGGUAAGCCACCAACGUUUACAAGCAUGAAGCUCAAAGGCAGUCCUAAAACCAGUUAUGGGGUUGGGGAGCAAGUACAAUAUAUAUGUAGACCAGGAUUCAUAAGACAACCUGCUUUCAACAUCUCCAGUGUGUGUACUGCAAACGGCCAGUGGUCACCCAUUUCAAAGAAUGCCUGUUCCAAAAAAUCAUGUCCAAGGCAAGGUGAUCCCAUAAAUGGCCAAGUAAACUUCCCGAAUGGAAGUUCUGAGUUUGGUACACAAAUUCAAUACGUUUGCAAUCCUGGAUUUUACUUAAUUGGUGAGGGAGUUCUAUAUUGUAUUCUUGCUUCAGAUUCAGAGGUACAGUGGAGUGCUGAAGCCCCAAUAUGUUCAAAGAUUUUCUGUCAACCACCUCCAAAUAUAACAAAUGGAGAAUUCUCCCCAAGUCACAAAGACGUAUUUGAAUAUCAUGAAGUGGCAACUUACCGAUGUAACCGUGUUUCUGGCAAGGAUGAACUAUCACUUGUUGGUGAGAGCCAGAUUUAUUGCUCUGAAAACAGAUUAUGGAGUGCUAACCCUCCUGAGUGCAAAGUGGUCAAAUGUCCACGUCCCGUGAUUCAAAAUGGGAGACAGACGUCAGGAUUCAGCAAGAAAUAUUCCUAUAGAGCAAGGGUUAUGUUUGAAUGUAACCAGGGGCUUUUCCUCCAUGGGAGCGACACCGUCAUGUGUGAGGGUAAUAGUACAUGGCAGCCACCAAUUCCAACCUGUCGGAGCGAGCCACCUCCUCCCCCUCCCACACCUUCCAGUACAGGUGUUCCAAACUCUACCAAAGGAGGACCAAUUGAUUUUGGAGAUUCAAAGGGAUGGAUCAUUUCGCUGAUAAUGAUGGCCGUGUUGGAGCUAUAG